AUGGAACUGCAAAGCACCGGAUUUCAGGAGCAAGGGUUCGUGGUUGACAUCCCAGACCGUCAGACGACGCGAGUUGCUCCACACAUGCCACUGAAUACAUCUUAUAGUUUGGAUCCUACAAUGUCGUUGUCUUAUACGAAACUGAAUCCCGAUGCCAACGAGAUCCGGCUUCUAACCAUUUGGCCUGACGAGAACGUGGCAAAUCCGGUGCGGGGUUCACUCCAUCCUGUAUCACUCAAGGACCCUUAUGAAUUCGAAGCGCUAUCAUAUGUCUGGGGGAAUGUCGCCAUCAGAACAGACAUCUGGGUAGAUUGCUGUAUUGUUAGCGCCCCAACCAAUUUGGAACAAUUCUUGCGCGCACUCCGCGAGCCAAAACAAGAUCGAGUGGUUUGGGUUGAUUAUCUCUGUAUCAACCAACAUGAUAUAUUGGAGAGAAACUCUCAGGUCCUCUUGAUGAGCCAGAUCUACAUCAAUGCAACUUCUGUGAUUGCUUGGCUUGGACUAUCAACCCCGAAUAUUGAAGAUGCAAUUGCUUACCAAAAUUAUUGCGAAGGCCUAAGUACCCCGAAAAGCAAGUGGUGGUUUGAAAUCCAUGAUAAGAAGGACCUUUCAAUCGAGGAAAGUCGGAAGAGAGACCUGGCAAUGAUGGACGUCUUGGAUGGGACGCUCGAAAUAUUAUCUGCUCCUUAUUGGCAGCGACUGUGGACCUUCCAGGAGUGGCAUCUACCAAAGACGAGGCCGAUCUGUAUGUUCGGAAAGCUCUGUUUCACAUUUAGGGAUGUCUUCAGUCGAUUGGGAUCAAGUUUCAACUCCAUUGACGAUAUGAUGGCCAAGUAUCGCAAGACAGUCGGUCAAAACCUAGACGGUGAAGCAAAGGAAUUCUCUGAGAAGAUGCUGGAACGCGAGAAAGCCAUACACACAAGAACGUUCCGAAACUUUCUCCCCAUUCUACCAGGAGAUCUCCUGGUACAGAAGGACCUUCACAAGGAUCCAAAUUCGCCACCCAGUCGUCCCCUCGGCGAGCUACUAUCAGUUACGACUCAUCGCAAUUGCAGCAACCCACUUGACAGGGUAUAUGCAUUAUAUGCAAUGGCCCCUUUGGCUCAAGAGAAAUAUCCCCCAGACUACCAGAAAACUGUCAGCCAACUGAUUCAUGAGACAACGGCAUAUGUUUUACAGUACGAGGGAAACACCAGAAUUCUGGACUAUUUCUGUUUCUCUGAUGACGAGGCACUUCCAUCGUGGGUAGUAGACGUUACAAUAACAGACCAACGGCGCCGUGAUCUUAUUUUUGCGGGUCGAAGUGAGCAGACAACUCCUGAAAGAAGUCUCUGGAAGAAGCCCGAUGGUUAUUUGCCUAAAAUAACUGACAAUCUACGGACGUUACAGCUUCGUGGUCGAGUGAUAGGUGUCGUCCAGGAGUCAUUCAGAUUGAAUACCGAGAAACACGCACCUCUCAGGGAAAUCCCAAGUUACCUUCAACGCAUCAGGGAGGAUGAGUGGAUUAGCCCUUUCAGCAUGGCAGAUACCCUUAUCAGCGCAUGCUACAACUAUACCGAGUCAUGGAGUUGGAUGUCUUACGCCUACUUCUCUGAAACAUUGAGCAAGCUCAAUCGAGAAGGUAAUCUCCGACUCAUAGAUAUUGCAGAUGCACGGAUAAGUAUAUUUCUUGACAGCUUCUCCAAGCUUAAGGGGAAAUGUUUGUUCUCAAUAUCAUCUAUCGGAGAUUCUGCGCCUGUAGCCUUCGGGUUCAUAGACUGUCACAUCAAGGGGGGUGAUAUUCUUUUCAUCGCCAGUGGUAUCUCCCAGGUUUUGGUACUCCGACCACUAGAAGACGGUGUGGCUUUGAUUGAGAACAGGAUUCCAUGUUGCAAGAUUGUCGGACGGACCUUUGUUGAGGGUAUCGCAGAGCGGCAGAAGUCUCAGCCUACCGCAUUUGCUCAGAGAGUGAAGGAUACCCCAGUGGUUCAGGUUGAUAUCAAGUAAUCUUGGUACCAUGAGUUAGUCAGAGGAAUGGUAUGAGUUCGAACAUGGCUAUUGCUAGGAACAGUCAGCCCGUGGAGUAACUUCUGCGAUAUAGGUCUAUUUGUAUUUUAUUCUCUCUGUUUGGCAGUUGUGUAUAGUGCGUCGUUUGAGGAUCCUGUACUAUUGUGGUGCUAUUGUUUUCGGGCGUGGAAUGAAUUUAAGUAUUUCAUUGCAUU